GUAUGUCACGUGUCUGUACCGUCGUCCUCGUCGCCGCUAUCACGGGAUUUCGGGUCGUCGGCUUGUGGAGAUGCUUCGUGACUCUUCGAGAGAAUCUUAAGGGAAAUACCGCCGUACGCUGACACGCUUUCUUUGGAUAUACCAUCGAUAUUAGAUAAAGUGCGGACGAUUAAAAUCACAAGACGAUGUAUACUGACGGUCUCCUGACACUCCACUAUGGGAAGCAUCCAGCGACCUUGGCCGCAGAGGUCGGAGCCUGGUAUACCGGGGACCGUCACGUGGACGUGACGUUAGCUUGCGACGAUGGGUCCGUCGUGAAGGCCCACCGCGUAGUUCUGGCAGCAGCUAGUCCCCUUUUGGCUAGUCUCCUUCGCAACCCUGCGUUGGACCAUGUGGUCCACUUGUCCGGAGUCCGAAAAACUCAGCUGACUCAUCUGCUGGAAUUUCUCUACAACGGAGAAGCUCUUAUUCCGUCAACGGAACUCACGCCACUGAGGGAACUGUUUGAGCUUCUCCAGAUCAAGUCGGAAUUGUUCGAGCCUAAUCAACCUCAGAUCUCCAGUAACUCCGACCCUGAAAGGAUAGCCACCCCCCAGCCCUCCGAGGGCCAGGAAAGUUCUAGCUAUGAAUCACAGUACGACGGCAGGCAGUCGAACAAUCCCGCAGACUGUUGUUCGGUGCUCAUAAAGACCGAGGGCUGCGAAGAGGAACCAGAAGUGGAUGUUGAAGGCGUCGAGGGCGAAACGCUUCUCACGGAGAACAGGGAAAGCAGUAUAGAACCACCUCGACGGAGGGAUAGUUCCGACCCUGUAAACUUAAGCUUAAAUUCUGGAACUUCCACCACUAGCGAAAGUUCUCAUGAUAUCGUACCUAGGCCAGAAAAACAGUUACUGGAGAGGCGGGAAUCUCUAGAGGAGGUGGAAGAUAGAAGAAGACAAUUAGCAGCUCGACUCGCGCUAGGCUUAGAACCGGGAAAACGAAAACCUGAGGAAAUACCUUUCCCACCUGCGGAGGCUUACAUUGUAACGCCUCAUAGGAAACGAAGGCCAGGCUUUCACAAUGCACCCGCUCAGAAUCCAGCCUUCGUACCGUUUAAUCCUGGAUUCGAGACGCCGAGGCGGUUACAAGCACCGCAUCCUCUCAGCGUCUCGGCACCUCCGUACCUGCAGGACAGGUCAGUGACACCUCCAGGAGCGUCACACAGACCGCCAAGCGCAGAUCCAGCAUCGGCGGCGGGUUUGGAACCACCUUGGGGCUCUUGGGCCCUGCCACCUGCAAGGGCGCCUCCACCUCCACCAACGGAUGACCCACCAAAGUCUACUCCAGUUCGCGAAUAUCGGUGUAGCUAUUGUGGCAAACAGUUCGGAAUGUCUUGGAACUUAAAGACACACUUGAGAGUACAUACGGGUGAAAAACCAUUCGCGUGUAGACUCUGCGUCGCCAUGUUCAAGCAAAAAGCCCAUCUUCUCAAGCAUCUCUGCUCCGUUCACAGAGGCGUUAUAGCUGCCCCGGACAACACGUUUACCUGUUGCUUCUGUUCGUUAAGUUUCGACAGCUUACAAGAGUUGAUUAGGCAUCUGUCGGGGCCGCACAAUAAUUUGCUGCUUAGUAAGAAUCUGCACGACUAGCGACAAG